AAAUUCUAGCAAUAUCUAGAUCCUGACGUUUAAUUUUUACACCACCUCAAAUACGAGGGUAAGGCGGACUCAAGAAAAUCCGAGCUCAUGAACAGUGUGCGAACAUUAACUUUUUUAAACGUGACAUGAACAGUAGCUUCCGUGUUUUCCGGUGGAAAAUUUUGCACGCUUAAAGAUGCCGUGGUUUGCAAAACUCUCAAAAGUGUCGAGCCGAGUGGUAUGGUACCUCGGCCGAGGAAUUGGUAGUGACAAGGGUUUUCGUUUUUAAAGUCAAAGACGAGGCUUCAUGUUAUUCCAAAGUUUGGUGCGGUUUUGGAAGGAAGUGUAAAACGGUUGGUGAAAGAUUUCAUCAUGAGUCGGUCAAUGUAUCUCCGUUUAUUCACAGUCGCUGGAGUGUAAAUCAAGCAAACGAUGCGAGCGGACACGCGUUGGCUCUUCGGAUUUACCUUCGGAUUUUGGUUAUUGAUUCUACUUGAAGCGGAAAAAAUCGUCUCAAAAAUCAAGCAUCACAACGAGGUGGUGGAUCGAAGUGUUUGGUCCGGAUGGUCUCAAUGGUCACCUUGUUCUCGAGUUUGUGGGGGAGGAGUUGUGCUCGAAACCAGGCGCUGCUUUCUUAAACAAAAAUACUCCAGACCGGACGACAAAUCACACGUAAAAAAAGAGACCAGUAGCAACUGCGUGGGUCCGUACAGACGAAUGCGUUUAUGCAACAAUCACAACUGUGCAUCAGGCACGAAAAGUUUUGUACAAGAACAGUGUGAAGAAUUCAAUGGGAAGCCAAUGAUGGGAGGACGAGUUUACAAUUGGGAAGCAUUCCUAAAUGCUCCGAACCAGUGCGCUCUGAAUUGUCGCGCAAUUGGCUUUGGCUUCUAUGCGACUCUCAAGCCAAGCGUGAAAGAUGGAACUCCCUGCAAAGGACCGGAAAAGGAUAGCGGGCGCUGGAUGUGCGUUUCCGGUAUCUGCACGCAUGUGGGCUGCGAUGGAAUUGUGGGUUCGGACAAGCGGUUGGACAGUUGCGGCGUUUGCGGCGGUGACAACAACUCCUGCAAAACAAUCGCCGGCAUCUUCACAAAACCGCACUUACCCAACGGCUACAACCUUAUCACUCAAAUACCCAAGGGCGCUUGCAACUUGACUGUUCUUAAACUCAAGCCCUCCAAAAAUCAUCUAGCUUUGCGGCGCCUUGAUGGGACGUUUGUGGUAGAUGGAAACUUCGCAUUUACAUCUCUGGAGGAGAUCCAAUCGUCAGGGACCAAGUUGACUCUGAAACAAGACACGCCCGACCAAGGCGAGAUGAUAACGAGCCCUGGCCCGCUCCUGGAGCCUCUCGAACUAAUGUUAGUAUUUCAACAGCCCAACUCGGGCAUUAAGUAUGAGUACCAACUGAAAAUGAAUGGUGCCACAGAGGUUGCUCUUGAACGAGGUGACACAUCUUACGCUUACGGCCCAGCUGAUGACAUAUCCUCUCAUGAAAGAAACAUCGGAAAUAGUUACAGUGACAAUGCAGCUAAAUCGGAAGGGACUUUGGAUGACGAGGCAACUAAAUCCGAGGGCAAAAGACGCAAAAAGAAAUUCUAUUGGAAAAUCAGUGGUUUUUCGGAAUGCUCAAUGUCGUGUGCCGGAGGUGUUCAAACAGCAAUCAACGUUUGUGUCAGGGAGAGCAAUUCAAUGACAGCACCUGAUAAAAGAUGCACCGGAUUGGAGUUACCUCAGCCCCAAACUCAACGGUGCAACGUUAAACCUUGCCCUGCUGAAUGGGAAGCUGGAGAGUGGGGUGACUGUUCCGCGUCUUGCGGGGAGGGCGUCCGGAAGCGGAAACUGGUUUGUCGGCAACGGAUCACAGCCUCGCUGACGAUGACAGUUUCUGAUGGCGCUUGUCUCUCAUCCCCGUCGAGGAAUUUCACAUUAGAGCAACCAUGCGCUCUCUUCCCGUGCCCCAUCCACUCGGCCAAAGCGGAGGACACUGAGCCACGGAUCAAGGCUUCUUGGCGGACGGAGCCUUGGAGUAAGUGCUCGACACAGUGCGGUCUAGGCAUUCGAACCCGAACGGUGGUUUGCCAAGCAGUGAACGGCCAACAGUGUCUGCAAAGCACCCGCCCUCAAAAUCAAGAAGUUUGCGACAUGGGUCCGUGCAGCUCCGAAACACCGUCUUGGUUCAUUGCCGAAUGGUCCCAAAAGUGUUCGGUCGAGUGCGGCGUUGGUGUGCAAACAAGGAAAGUGUUGUGCUCAGCGGGCCUUGGAAAAGACUCCCAGUGUGACAUAUCCUCCAAGCCAGAAACCUCUCGAACUUGUUCCAGCGAUAAAUCCUGUGAUGGCCAAUGGUUCGCUGGACCUUGGUCUGAGUGUUCCGAAACUUGUGGAUGGGGAGUGCAGACCCGACGAAUUGCUUGCUUAGCGUAUCAGCGAGGAGAAUUCUCCAUUGCCAAAGAUUCAAGUUGCUCCAACAGUUCGAGGCCGACCAAAGAACAAAGUUGCAGGGAAAAACCUUGUUCCCCACAGUGGUACACUGCUGACUGGAUGCCGUGCUCCCAAUCCUGCGGGACAGGCGUACAACGAAGAGAGCUUCACUGCCUGGACGAAAAAGGCAAAGUAUCCAGUGACUGUCUUGAGGACUUAAAGCCCAGCUCUCGCCGUUCCUGCAGCACUCACAGCUGCCCACCUGACAAGUCCAGUCUCAUCAAACUCAACGAAACAUCUCUACCUACCUUAAAUGACAAGAUGAGUAGUCUUGGUGAUCAAGCAUUCAACACGGUCGACAACAGUCUAGAGCAAACGGAAGAUUGCAGAAAUCUAUUUCGAAACUGUUACCUGGUGGUUCAAGCACGUCUAUGUAAAUACAAAUACUACCGUUCAUCAUGUUGCUUAGCUUGUAAAGGAAAAACUUGAUUUGUAUCAAAACAUUAUACUGUUGAUAUAAAUACAGUUUUAAAGUAAUGAACAAUUCAAA